UGCCAAGACGUCAAGACGUUAGCUCUGUGGCUACAACAAACAUAGGGCGCGAAUUCAACAGCCAAAAUGACAAAACAUGCCAAAAUUUAAAGAGAAGACAAAGAUUAUUGAGGUGAAGCCGGUUGACGCAGCCGACACGGCUCAUAUCAUGAAAUAUGAUGAGAAGAACGUCAGCGCUUCCCCUGAUAUUAGAGGAAUAAUAUCGCGCAAGGUCAGUUUGCUUGGAAACGCAAUUAUGGAUAACACCUCUGAAGACGGGAGCGAUUCCACGAUAGUUAAGACAGAAGAAGACGAGGUGAAAUAUGUGCAGAAUAUGAUGAACGUGAUCAAAAAUGGUGAACAGAUGAAGAGAAACGUAGUCGAUGAAGUUACUAAAACAAAUGAAGGCAAUAACGAUGUGGAUAGUAAAGAUGUCAGUGGCGACACCAAUGAUGGAGUGAAUGAAACCAAGAAAAAGAAGGGAAAGAAAAAGAAAAAGAAAAAGAACAAGGCUAAACUUAAAGCAGCCGAGACGGAUGAAGCAAAGCAAUCCAACGACAAGAAAAGUAACGAGAAUCCACAAGAAGAUGAAGAAGUUGUGGACAUUGGACAGACAGAUACAAAGGAAAAGAAGAAGAAACGAAAGCUUCCGUGCCUAUUUGGGUUUGUCGCUUCUUGGCUUGCCAAAAGGAAAGAGCGAAGAAGAGAAAAGAAAAGAAAAGCCAUUGAAGCAAGGUCUCAGACCCCUGCCGAAUCAUUAGUUGAGUACGAGCACAAGCGGGCAAAAGGAGGCAUGGCAUUCACAGUGCAGGUCGACAGUAGACCAAUGAGGAAGGCUGUUCUGCCACCAAUCAAGCAACACCCAGGACCCAUCAUGCAAGGUAUGGACGAGAAAUUGAGACUAGCUGAGCAGAAAAGAAUGGAAGAAAUUACAAAGAAGAAAGAGUCUGCCAAAGAAAUUGACAGGAAAAUAGCCGAAUGUCAAGAAAGGAAAACAGAAUCGGAAUAUCACUUCAAGCAAAAGGCACACCUUACAAUCAGAUACAAGCAGUAUGGUGCAGAGAAAAACCGAGCUCGUCUGCAGGAAGAUCGCCGCUGCUCCUCCCCAAUGCUCCGAGCACCAUCCACACUGCCACCACUACGCAAUGUCAGGGUCAAACCAUCCGCCAAAGGCAGACCGAACGGGUCUCCUACCGCCGAAGACCCUGAUGAUGCAUUGUUCAAUUUCUAAGUAGCAAGCCGACCGACUCCCGCCAAAAUGGUAGACCUUCCGUAAAAACUGGUCACGUGAUAACAUUUUUUAUUAGCUUUUCGUAAAUUGAUUUUAUUCAGUUUUUUCAUAAAUUAAACUUAUUGUAGUUAGAAAAAGAAGAAUGUUUUAAAGGUGACCACAUAUUUCCAUCUAUUCAUGCAAUAUAAAUAUUUGUAAAUUCUUUUUGACAUAAAGGUCAUCAUAAAGUCAACAACAUAUUACGGAUGUAUAAAUGCUACAAAUGUAUCUUCUGCAAAAAAAGGAUUCCAGUUAUUUUUCCUGUCACAGAAUUUUUUUUUAGUUUUAGAAUGUCAACUGACUGGAUUUGCAAUACUCUGGUCACAUGUUAUAUACGCAUAAUACCAAAACAAACAUUGUAGUUUUGCUGCAUAACAGUAUUGAGCUCUCUACCCCUAUGUUUCAGACUUACAUCUGAAGUACCUAUACUAAUAUAUAGAAGGGAUUUUUUUUUAAGUCGGGGAUUGACGCAACCACUCAAUCCACGAAAAAUUAAUCCCUCUAUAAUUAGUCCACAGUAUUGAGCUCUCUACCCCUAUGCUUAAAAUUUACAGUAUUGAGCUCUUUACCCCUAUGCUUCAGACUUCCACAGUAUUGAGCUCUCUACACCUAUGCUUCAGACUUCCACAGUAUUGAGCUCUCUACCCCUAUGUUUCAGACU